CACGUUUAUAUAUAGUUUCGUGUAUAAUCAAUACACCGUUACACACGUAUGGCUAUGGCAGGAAUGAACGUGUCUGUUGUGUAAACAAUAUAUAUAUAUAUAUAUGAACAAUGUAAGCUGAUAUGUCAGUACGGGUACGACCACAGCUGUAUACAUACGUACACCUGCUUCUAUAUAACUCAACAGAUAACAACUUCGUGAAGUCUGAGACCACCAUAUGAUCCAAUUCCUUGGCGACUGUUGCUAAUAACAGAGACUUAUGGCCAUGUCUCAUCCAGUCAAUCUAUCGAAUGAUGGGUCAACUAUUAGGACAACCAAAAGGAAUCAUUUCGAGGAGAAAGUACCUGAAACAGCGGCCGCCGGAAUUCAUACAUCAAAUGAUAUUCAGUACGUUGACUUUCCAGAGCCAUUCACGUCUCCAAUACGCGUCAUUAGUAUGAAUGGCAGUGGUCCAGGUGACGGACCAGGUACUGCACUCAAGACCAGAAAGUUAAUUGCUGACGUCGUAAUGUCUAACGAGCCUGACAUUCUCCUUUUUCAGGAAUUCAAAUGGCAAGGGAUCAAAGGUCGUGCUUGGAAGGACACUCCUUUACCUGGUCACUAUGUAUACACAGGCCACACGGAAGCCAGUAUCAUGUACGAUACUAGACGUUUUCAACUUACAGAAUUACCUCAAACACAAUUACAGGCAACUUUGGACGAAAUGAAAAGGAAAGGUGAAGUGUCACAAGAUUUCACUCCUUUAGCACGUAGUAGUAUACGACGUUUAGAAACAAAGGGACCAGAAAAAUUCAAAGUUCUUGUUGUGUCAUGGCACGGUGCUCAUCAUAAAUUGAAAGUAGCAGAAAAGAAGAAACAGUUUAAAGAAUUGCAAGCCUAUUUGAAGAAGCUCUCUGAACGUGAAGAUGCGGCUAUUCUUUUGGGUGGAGAUUUCAAUAUCGAGAUGUCCCUCAUCAAAAGGUUUGUUUUACCUGAGUUCAUUCUUCCUGAGUACACACCAUCAGAGCGACGGAAAGGAAAAAACAUAGAUUACUUCAUGGCUUCUCCAGCAUUGACUCUUACAGAUCUAGGGUAUAUUGAUCUUACCAAAACAAAGGGUGCAAAAGAUGACAAAGAGAAGGAUACAAGGACGCAGGAUCCAUACAGAUUGUUGGAUCACGACCCAAUCUUGGCAACUGUGGCCAGGAGAAAGGCGCUGGAAAAAGUGAUUCCACUACCGAAGACAUUUGCAUUACGUGAGAUAGAAGCUAGUGAACGAGCAAGCUAGACUAACUUAAUAUUAUU